AUGGAGAAGGAAUCGUUUAUAAGAAUGAUGGGACAGGAUUGGGACUUUUUUUUGCUUCCAUCUGCUGGGCUCUCUGGUGGUAUUAUGGUGAUGCAGAGAUCAGAUUUGGCAUAUUUUUCUAUUGUAAAGACCUCUGAACAAUGUGUUAUCGGUGAACUCAAUGUCUUCAAUAGAGGAGUGUGGAUGAUCACUAUGGUGUAUGCUAGUAAAGAGACCGUGAAUAGAAGGGGUCUUUGGAAUCUGAUACAGGAAGUUGAUCACAGUAGUAUUCCUUCUAUUAUUGGAGGGAAUUUCAAUUGCAUAUUGGCUAAAGAAGACAAGAAGGGAGGAAGGAGGUUCAGAUUCAAUCAAGGUUCCCUUGAGAUGGUUAAAUUUAUGAAUGAGAAUGACUUUCAUGAAGCUGGGUUUGUUGGACCAAGAUUCACUUGGUGCAACAAUAAGAAAGGAGGAGAUAGGAUUCUGGAGAGGCUUCAUAGGUGUUUGCUUAACUCCUUGGCUAUUAACAAAAUUCAAAUUACUAUGGUUAGGCAUCUUGCUAGAGUUGCAUCGGACCAUUGCCCAAUUGCUUUGAAGAUGUUUGAUACGACGUGUAAAGGUAGAAGUGGGUUCAAGUUUGAAGACACUUGGCUUUCAUUUAGAGAAGCUGAGCACAUAGUAACUAACAGAUAG